AUGGUUAUGCAGCCACAGCCCAGCAAGCCUCCGAGUUCGCUUAAGGGCGAGGUCGUCGUCCGGCAAUACCGCCCCCAGGACCACGACCAGGUCUUCGCCCUGCUGCGAGUCGGGUUCGCUGUUGGCCCGGGAUCCCCCGGUGAAACCGCCGUCCGUCGCGCGCUCUGGACCCCCGCUGCUUUCGCCUGCUACGCGCUGAUCCUCGCCAGCACCGCCCUCUCCAUCUUCGGCCAAACGCAGGCCGUGCUCGCGUUGUGUUUAGAGCUCCUCGCACUCGGGGUGUUGGUCCAUCUCCGGCGCGGCGCGGCGCAGGCCUUCGAGGACUUCUGCACGAGGGCAGCGGAGGACGACCUGCGCGACAUCCCGGCGUACUACCAGCAGCCCGUUCCCGGGAGUAGGGCGGGGUUUUGGGUGGCGGUGAUCGGCGAGGAGGUCGUGGGGUAUUUCGGGAUGGAACAUUUGCCUUCCCGACCCACCAUCGGCCACCUCCGCAGGCUCAUCGUGUCGCCGUACCACCGCCGCAAGGGCAUUGCGUCGAACAUAAUCGAUGCCAUUGUCGCGCACGCGCAAGCACAACCCACACUGAGCGACAACUUGAAGCUUGGAUGCCCAUAUGCCGCCCCGCUGACUACGCUUGAGCUCGAGACAAGCGCGCUGCAGCCACCCGCGAUAGCGCUGUACGAGCGCCACGGCUUCCGCGUCGUCGGCAGCCGGCAGAUGCCCCUUGCGCGCGCGGGGCUGAAUAACGUGACGGUGUGGAAGAUGCAGCGGCCAGUAUAUGGUGGUCUGCAUGCCAAAACAGCGUGA